AAAAAAAAAAAAAAAAAAAAAAAGAUGAAGUCCAGUCCUCACUGCCAGUGAGCGCCUGCCCUGGUGGGUGGGAGCAGGACUCCGCGCUAAUGCAGCAGAGCCGCGGCGUUCCGGGCGCUAGUUCCUAGAGGCUGGAGCAGCUGGGGGCGCCGGUCCGAUCCGGCGGUGGAGGGCGGGCGGGGAAGGACACCGAGGGAGGGAGCAGAUCACCCGCGGAGCCGCCUCCUCUCCCCGGCCCCGCUGGCUGGGCGCUGGGAGCUUGCAGGCGCCGGCUGCCACCUCUGUAGCGGGGGCGAGCGGGGACCCGGGUGCGGGAGGCUAAAAUGAGUGAAAGGAGAAGAUCUGCAGUCGCCCUGAGCUCCCGAGCACAUGCCUUCUCCGUUGAAGCCCUGAUCGGCUCAAAUAAAAAGCGGAAACUGCGAGACUGGGAGGAGAAGGGGCUGGACCUCUCCAUGGAGGCGCUGAGUCCCGCAGGCCCACUCGGGGACACUGAGGACUCGGCGACACACGGCCUGGAGCCCCACCCGGAUUCAGAGCAGAGCACAGGGUCCGACUCUGAGGUGCUCACUGAGCGGACCUCCUGCUCCUUCAGCACCCUCACUGACCUGGCCUCUGGUGCUGCAGGUCCUGGGCCUGCUGCCAUGUCCUCCAUGGAGGAGAUUCAGGUGGAGCUGCAGUGCGCUGACCUCUGGAAGAGGUUCCAUGAUAUUGGAACAGAGAUGAUCAUCACCAAAGCAGGCAGGAGGAUGUUUCCAGCCAUGAGAGUGAAAAUCACUGGCCUGGAUCCACACCAGCAAUACUACAUAGCGAUGGACAUUGUGCCUGUGGACAAUAAAAGAUACAGAUAUGUGUAUCACAGCUCCAAGUGGAUGGUAGCUGGCAACGCCGACUCCCCCGUGCCUCCAAGGGUUUAUAUACACCCUGAUUCCCUAGCUUCUGGAGAUACCUGGAUGAGACAGGUGGUCAGUUUUGACAAACUCAAGCUGACCAACAAUGAAUUGGAUGAUCAAGGACAUAUCAUUCUGCACUCUAUGCACAAAUACCAGCCCCGAGUUCAUGUGAUUCGCAAGGACUUCAGCAGUGACCUUUCACCUACCAAGCCUGUCCCUGUGGGGGAUGGGGUGAAAACAUUCAACUUCCCUGAGACUGUGUUCACCACAGUAACGGCCUAUCAGAAUCAGCAGAUCACCAGAUUAAAAAUUGACCGAAACCCUUUCGCUAAAGGCUUCAGAGAUUCUGGGAGAAACAGAACUGGACUUGAAGCCAUCAUGGAGACUUAUGCAUUCUGGAGACCUCCUGUGCGCACGCUUACCUUUGAGGAUUUCACCACCAUGCAAAAACAGCAAGGGAGCAGCACAGGUACCUCCCCAAGCACCUCCAGCACUGGGACACCAUCCCCUUCGGCUUCCUCUCAUCUUUUAUCUCCAUCUUGUUCCCCUCCGACUUUUCAUUUGGCCCCCAACACUUUCAACGUGGGCUGUCGAGAAAGCCAACUGUGUAAUCUAAACCUCUCUGAUUAUCCGCCAUGUGCCCGAAGCAACAUGGCUGCCUUGCAGAGCUAUCCGGGGCUGAGUGACAGUGGUUACAACAGGCUGCAGAACGGCACGGCUUCAGCCACUCAGCCCUCUGAAACCUUCAUGCCUCAGAGGACUCCAUCUCUGAUCUCAGGAAUACCAACUCCUCCCUCGUUGCCCAGCAACAGCAAGAUGGAGGCCUACGGUGGCCAGUUGGGGUCCUUUCCCACUUCCCAGUUCCAGUAUGUCAUGCAGGCAGGCAAUGCGGCCUCCAGCUCCUCAUCACCACACAUGUUCGGCGGCAGCCACAUGCAGCAGAGCUCCUACAAUGCCUUCUCUCUCCAUAAUCCCUACAACCUGUAUGGAUAUAAUUUCCCCACCUCUCCCAGGCUAGCUGCAAGCCCAGAAAAACUGAGCGCAUCUCAAAGCACUUUACUCUGUUCUUCUCCUUCCAAUGGAGCAUUUGGAGAGAGGCAAUACCUGCCCACAGGAAUGGAGCACAGCAUGCACAUGAUUAGCCCUUCACCCAACAAUCAGCAGGCUACCAACUCCUGUGAUGGGCGGCAGUAUGGGGCAGUCCCAGGCUCCUCCUCCCAGAUGUCAGUACACAUGGUUUAAAGAGCAGUCCGAACACCAUGGAGUGAUGGCAGUCAAGACCAGCAGAAUCUCCGUGGGUGGAGCAUCCUCUUUGGGAGCCUAAAGCCUUGGGCAAAUAGGAACUUGCAUUUAUUUUUUUCUGGAGGAGGAAAACAAAGAACAAGCGACACCUUUAAGGCCACUGAAGGAUCCUUGGAGUGAACCAUCCAUAACUCAGUGGCUGUUCUCCUGCCUUCGAAAAUCUUAGUUUUAUAAAGCAUUGUGUAUGACAGAGUGACCUUUGAAGAGACUGAGCAAUCAUUUUAUAAUAAUAUUAAAGGAGAUGCUAGCAUGUAGCAGCUAUGAAAAGUUACACACACGCAAACCUACCUAAACAUACCUACAUGCACACAUUCAAGAACACACAAAAUCAUACACAAACUCAUACCUACACAAACAUCCUGCACACUGACUCCGAACUGGGUGAACUCUGUGGAAGGAGGCCCAGAAUGGGUGCUUUCACCCAAAAAUUUGUCUAUGUACCACACUAAAUGGAUUGGGCUGGCAGCAGCUGCCAGCCUGUGUCCCUUGCAGCUUACCGUGUUUCCGGAAUGAACUGUGUAUCCUAGAACCUCUCCCUGUCGCUGGGGUGGAAAAGACAUCAGUAGCAAAACUGAACUUAGCCUCCCAAAAAGAUUGCUUUGAAACUUUGGCUGUCUUCAUUCCUUGUGCCAUCAUUGGUGUCCCAGUGGUGUCUGUGGAAGGAUGGAGUGAGAGCAGCUGAAAGAAAGAGAAUGGAGAGCAGAAGAGUGGAGAGUAGGACUGACAAGAUGGGAUUAUUGAGGAGUUUUAAUUUGCCAAGGAGGAUUGCUUGGGUUUGUUUAUCUCCUAAAGUUAUAGGAAGAAUGAUGGACUUGCUGGGGAGUAGUCUCUUUGGACACCGCUCAUAGUCAGGGUACUGAGAGGGGCCAGGACAAGGAACGCAUCUUGAUCCCAUAGUUCUCAUCAUCCAUCAUGACUCGGAAGAGAGGCGUACCACACAGGAGUGCUGCUCCACAGCAUGCAGCCUGGCAGUAUGAGGAAAGCAGAGGUGUGGGGAAGAAUGUUAGCAUUCUCCCAGAUGAUACCAAGAACAGAGGUGGAAAUAGGCCUGGCUUGCACGCCAGAUCCAGUCCCAUCUGCCCCCGGGCUCCUGUGGCAAGAGAACCCUGCCACGCUCCAGGAAACUGCAGCUGGGUCUUCCACAGCUUUCCACCUAUCUGCCUCCAGACCUCCACUGUUAUCAAAUCACUCCUUGCAUUUUGAAGUUUUGGGUUUUUUUUUCUUCACUUUUCCUUUUUCCUUUAAACCCUUUAAUGAUAAGAAAACAAGUGAAGCUUGGUGCAAGCUAAAAUUUUUAAAUGGUGUGGAAAUGCAAAUGAUACCAAGUAAAGUAAUACAGAUAUUAUUAAGAUUUUUGGUUUUGAGGUGCUGUAGAUAAAUGUAUUUAUAUGCCUAGUGGGUUAUUCAAUAUUAUGACUAUUAAAAAGGGGGCACUAAAAGGGUAUGUAAAAUAUGUAUGAAGAAAAGGUGUAUAAAAGUUUGCCCUAGGCACGGAACUGUUUCUAAGUGCCAAGCACAGAAAGCCGCUAAAUAAAAUCUU